AUGCUCUUCCUUAAUGCCAUUUUCCUCCUAUGGCUUCAGCUAGCACAUGCAGCAUCCAUCAUUUCACGAUCCACUUCCUAUCCACUCAACUCUCGUUCAAAUACGCUAGGCCCUCAAACCAACCUAAUAAUUUCUAAUAAAGUCAUAUCUCCAGACGGGUUUACGCGCUCUGCAACGCUCGCUGGAGGAACAUUUCCAGGUCCAAUUAUCGCAGCCACAAAGGGAGAGAAGUUUGCAAUAAACGUUGUGAACAGACUCACUGAUGGUGAAAUGCUCAAAAGCACCAGUGUGCACUGGCAUGGAAUCAGUCAGAACAGGACUAAUUAUGCAGAUGGAGUCUCGUUCGUCACUCAAUGUCCCAUUGCACAAAAUCACUCCUUUUUGCACUCCUUCGAGGCUGGGAACCAGGCGGGAACCUUCUGGUAUCAUAGCCACUACGCGACACAACAGUGCGAUGGCCUGCGUGGGGCUUUGAUUAUCUAUGACCCUGAAGAUCCUUUAUCUUAUUUAUAUGAUAUUGACGAUGAGACCACCGUAAUCACCCUUGCUGACUGGUACCAUAUUGUUGCCCCUGUUUUGAGCCAUAUGAUUGGUGUCAAUGGCAAUUCAACUAUCAUCAACGGUCUUGGCCGAUAUCAAGGGGGACCCGAGAGCGACCUUGCAGUGGUCAACGUCGAGUAUGGGAAACGAUACCGCCUACGCCUUGUAGGAAUGUCUUGCGAUCCCAACUUUAUAUUCUCCAUCGAUAACCAUAACCUGACGGUCAUUGAAGCGGACGGUGAGCUGACGGAGCCCCUCCUCGUGGACUCGCUCCAGAUACUCGCUGGACAACGAUACUCUGUUGUGCUCAAUGCGAAUCAGCCAGUCAACAACUACUGGUUACGCGCACUCCCAAAUACUGGAGGCUCAAAUUUCAACGGCGGCCUGAACUCUGCUAUUUUGCGAUACACGGGUGCACCCGUUGCAGACCCAACUACAAACCAGACCAAAAGUACCAUGGCAUUAGUCGAGACCAACUUACAUGCGCUCAUCAAUCCUGGUGCACCCGGGAUUCCAGAGUACGGAAAGGCAGAUAUCAACUUGAGGAUGGUCAUCAAUAACACAGGCGGAGUAUAUUCGAUCAACAACGUAACGUACAAACCUCCCACGGUGCCCGUGUUGCUCCAGAUCCUCAGCGGCGCACAAGAUGCAACCGAACUCCUUCCGAAAGGAAGUGUUUAUGUUUUAGAAGCUAACAAGGUUGUCGAACUGACGAUGAUAAAUCUCAACAUUGGUGGUCCUCAUCCGAUUCAUAUUCAUGGUCAUAACUUUGACGUCGUGCAGAGCGCUGGAAAUAACUCUUUCAACUACGUCAAUCCAGUGCGCAGGGAUGUAGUAUCUGGAGGGUUUCAAGGCCAACAGAUGGUGAUUAGGUGGGUCACAGAUAACUCCGGUCCGUGGUUCCUGCACUGUCACAUCGACUGGCAUCUCGACGCCGGUUUUGCUGUAGUUAUGGCCGAAAGUCCCUCGGAAACUCAGCAACACCUAGGCGUCAUACCCAAUGCAUGGGACAAUCUUUGCCCGAUAUUCGACUCGUUAACCCCAGCCCAAAUCGGAGCGCAGAAUUCGUAUCAGGAAGCACAGAAUAUCACCACACUGCUAUUCCCUCCCUCAUAG